AUGUUAUCUGAGCGCCGGACUCCUGACAGACCAACCAUUAAUAGACAGCACCGGAUCUGUACGGACACAGCACUGGAUAACCAUAAAAUGUUACCGGGUUUUAUCAUGGCAUUUGCCAUAAUACUAGCUAGCUCAUCAUUGUCCAGCGCCUACACCACUGAGACCUAUGGCACCGGGAAUUAUAACUACUACAACAGUAGACAGACCAGACGCUGGGGUGGGACCGGCACUCCAAACGGCUAUUAUGGAGUAACUGGCCAACUGGGAACUGGACGCUCCCAGCGCCGGGGUAUACUAACUACCCGUAUGGCACUGGUAGCCCGGGUUAUGGGGGUCAUACUGGCACCUACCGUGUGUACGGCACUGGUAGGCCCUACACAGGGGGAUUCUACCAAGGAACUACUCGUGAUCAUUAAAUAA